UGACCUGAGUCCGCCAUACUCGUAUCACGGAGCCUCACGGUCGCAGCACAUCCAAACCGGAGCGCACGCGCGCAUCGCGCAUUGUUUCUUGGAGAAACGUCACAAAUUUAACCUUCCGGUAUAAAGUCACUUUCAUAUCGAGCUAGCUACUCAAAGAGUGAAAAUGGCUGAAGACAUUGAAAACAAGCUGCAGAACUACCGCACUGCUCCCUUUGACGCUAGAUUCCCCAACCAGAACCAGACCAGAAACUGCUGGUCCAACUAUGUGGAUUUCCACCGCUGUCAGAAAGCGCUGGAUGCUAAAGGAGUAGACACAGCCCCCUGUGAGUGGUACAGGAGGGUCUACAAAUCUCUUUGCCCCAUGUCCUGGGUCCAGAAAUGGGAUGAUCAGCGAGAUGAGGGGACAUUCCCGGGAAAAAUCUGAAGCUGCAAAGGUGUCAUCUCUUCAGCUAAAUGUUUGUACUGCUGUGCCUCAGGAGCACACUAAACCCGAAUGCUUAUUCCUAACACAAACCAAGAAAUGUAAAACCGAUUUGACAUUAAAAACUCAGGAGAUAUAGUUGCAGA